AGUUUCCGUGGUGGAAGAGGAGGUUCUUCGAGUGGAGGAUUCCAAAGAAACUUGCCCUUUGGUCUGGAUUACCAUGACGUUAUAAACAUCGCUCAAUCGGAGAAGCCAAAGGUGAUACUACCCGUUAACGGUACGAUGUCAGAUGUUGAGAAGGUGAAGGCAUCGCAUUUCAUAAACUUUUCCGCAUUGGUGAGCGAUGGUGCAUUCUACACAGGUGACUCGUUAGAGGUGGAGGCUGGGAAUGCGAAGUCAGAGAUCAGCGAGGACGGCAUAAACGAUGGGUUGAAGAGAUACUCUGAUAAGUACUUGAAGAAGCGAAAGAUCGGCCACUCUAUAGAUGAGCAUCCAUAUAGUAUAGAGUUCUUCCCUCAAGAGCUAUACAGAGUCAUGGGUGUUGAUGACAAGAAG